CUAAUUGAAUAUUUAAAUAAAACACUGGCAUGAAUCCUAAUGAAGAAUCCGAUUUAACCAACCACCCCAUAAAUGAAACGUUCGAGCAGCGUGGAUACAUCACCAGGCACGAAUGGGGAGCUCGUCCUCCAAUAAGAGUGAAGAAACUGGUCCACCCUGUACCAUACGUUUGUAUAUCAUAUAACGACACUACACAUCCUCACAGUAAAGAGUUUAUCAAACAAACUCAACAAGCACAUAUAGAGAGGGGCAUGUGGGACAUACAGAGCAAUUUUAUAGUAACGAUAGACGGAACCCUAUAUGAAGGACGAGGAUGGGAUAUUGCACCGUCGAGGAUGUUUGAGAAACUGGCAAAAUAUAAUGGAAAAUUCUUUGAAGUUAGCGUCCUUGGUAGAUUGCCAGGACCUGCAAAACAAGACGAUCCUUUCUUCAAGGAGAUAUUAACAUUGAUAAGCUAUGGAAUGCAAAGCAACAAAAUCAGUUUGUCUUUUGAGUUUAUUCAAGAUAAGGAAGGUUUGCUCAUGUUGGACCCAGCUCAACGUCAUUCUCUGCCGCCGAAGGAGGAAGAGGAAAUAAUACCAACGCCCGCGUGAUGUUAACUAC